CCCAACUCAACCCCUUUCCUAAAAACAAUAAGCAUGGUUUCCUGAAUGAUAUCUUUCCAUCGUCGCACCCCUUUGUCUUCCAAGAAUCGCAGAGCCAUGGAGGAGUCCGAUUCAACUUGGAAGUUGCUGAAUCCAUCCUUCACCGUUUGAUUUACUGCAAAACUAAUGGAUUUCAGCUCCACCUCUAAAGGAGAAGAAGCUUCAAGUGGGAAACUGAAAGCUAGAAUCAUCUUUCCAUUCGCAUCUCUAAGAAUCGCGCCGCCAGUAGAUCUUGAAGAUUUGAGAGAGAAAUUCCCAUUAGCUGUAUCAUUCCAAGUAAUAUUCCCAUUAACAUUAACUGAGCAGAGCUGGGUUGCAUAUUCAUCAACAAGACAAAGCCUUCUCCAAAUAGAGGAAUCAGUCAGCUUAGGUGAACCCCAAGAUAUCUUUGAUGCUGUUAAGUCUGCCAGAGAAUAUAGCUCCUCAAAGAAAUGAACUGCUGCAGCCCCAAUCUGAGAAGGAGAAGAUAAGGAAUUGCCUUGGAUAUCACUAGUUGAGGUGAAUGAAGGACCUUUAUGAGGAAGAUCAAUGAGGUUGCAGGCAGCAAUACAGUCAGUAAAGUCAUUCACCCUCUCAAUAGAGGUAAAGAGUUCCCCUGAUGUAACUGGCAAUAGCGUUGAAAUCACCACCAAUCAACCAAGGCUCAGUCAUAGUAGAUGAGAAGGUUGUGCUGAUUCAAUCUCAGGUUGCUCUGGCUGCUGCACUAGCUCAGUAGAUUUACUAAACAUUUUCUCCAGUUUGCUUUUAACUGUAUUGCUUUGUUCUAUCAGUUUAGAAGAAUCAAUAGGUUCUUCUCCCUCAGAAGAAUAUUGUUUGCUGGCAAUCAAAGGGUCAUGUUCAAGUGCGUUUUCCAAAGAUUUGAGGAUUGGAGGACCUUCCAUAAUGAUGUCUUCAGCAUCCAGAUCUUCAGAAUCCAAUUCCACCAUGUCAGGGAUUUUAGAAGUAGAUUGUAUAUUAGUAGUGGUUGUAAUUACUCUGGCUUUCCCUUUUUCAACUGAUGUAUAUCUUCUUGUAGGCUCAGAGCGGGGCUUCUCAACCCAUUUUUCUUUGGAAAGAGGCUGAGAAGCUGUAUGUAUUCUCUUGGGGCAUUUAGGGUCAGAAUGACCCAAGUGUAAACAAAAGCCACAAUAUUCAGUCCUAUUCUCAUAGAUGAUUGAUUGUGAGAAGCCAUUUGGCCCACAAUUAAUCCAAAUUUUUUGUGGCAUCUCCUUCUUGAGAUCAACUUCAAUAUAUAUUCUGGCCACAGAUGGCCGAGUCAAU